AAUUUCCCCGCCAAAUUCUCAGCUUUAACGGACUCCGGGGAGAAGCUUCAAAGACAGACUAACAAUGGAGGAGAGUGAGAGAGAAAUUAGUAUCAAAACCCUAUCCGGACAAUCAUUGACCGUUUCCGUCUCCGGCAACAGCACAAUUGAUGACAUCAAACUUCUACUCAGGCGGAAUUUCCCCUCCGCAAUCAUUUCCCCCAAUUUCCACCUAUUUUUCAAGGGUACUAAAUUGAAAGCACAGAGUCAAAUUAGUGCGUGUUGCAUUGACCAUGGCGAAUUUCUAGUUCUCAUUCCAUUUAAUAAAAAGGAGUCUUCCAAGUCUCGGCUACGCGAUCAAUAUGAACUAGAGUCCAGUGUUUCGAGCGGAACCUCAAUUUCUCAAUUCGCUGAUUCUGCUUGGUCCGAUAUGGUGCAGGAUUUAUCGUAUUUACAUGGCUGUUCUGUUGAAGGGAGGGAGGCAACUGUCCCUGAGAGUGAGAGAGGGAGUUCUGAAGUCGGAGGUGUGGAUGCUGAACUGGAAGCGUCUUGUAGUACUAGUUUUUUGAGUUCAAAAGCCAAAGGAAAAGUGGGUUUUGGUUAUGAUGGGUUGAAUGGGAGUUUAGAUGACGUUUUGAGGAACUUUUCGUUGUCUCCUACUGAGGGGUUUCUAAAUGAACAAACCGGUGAAAGCUUUAUUAAGUUUUUGGAAUCGGUGGAUUGUUUGACAGACCCACGUAAUGGGAGUUGUAUGUUGGCAAAACAAGCUAAUUCACGAAGUGGUAACAAAAAAGCUCUAAAUAGCACACGUGGUUCUUCAUGUAUAUGUCCAAUAUGGUUGAAGAAGAUAAUGAAGGCAUUUUCUUUCUUGAAUGUUUUUUCUAUGUUUCUUCAACUACAAGAGGAAAUUAUGACUGUAAGUCGAUUGGAGCAAGCAACGGACCAGCUGCAGAAACGUAGACUUAUGUUUUGUAUGGAGGACAUACAUAACCUCUCUCGUCUAUGUCCCAAGGCAGUACAUUUUGCAAGUGGCAGAUUGGAAGAUACUCGUGUUGAUAAGCUUAUCAUUAUUAUUUAUUUGACUGAAAAAAAUGGUCGACCAAAAGAGGACAUUGACAAUACUGUGUCAAUGGAUGUCAAUCCACUGAAGAGACGGGAAAGAUCCUUUAAACUUUAUCUUUGGGAGGCUAUUAAGUGCCAUAUGCUUAAACAUGGAAGCGGAAGAGAGAUGUGUGUGCCUUUUUCUUUGGAAGCUGUAAUCACAUCAAACGAGACAGAUGUGGAUGGAAGUGAAACAAAGCGAGCAAAGAAAAGUGAUACGGCUUCUUCAAGUUCUCAAUCAGACCGAAUACGAUGUCAUGAUACUUUAAAACUCUUGCCUGAGGAUAUGGUUGAACAUCUUGGAAAGAGUGUUGGACCUGAGGGCCAGAUUGUGCACAUCAAUGAUAUCUUGGCUAGGAAAGCUAAUUAUGUGGAAAUUCCGAAGGAACUUUCAAAUAGUGUUGUAUCAGCACUCAAAUGUAUUGGUGUCGCAAAAUUGUAUAGCCAUCAGGCACGGUCAAUAGAAGCCUCCCUAGCUGGAAAGCAUGUUGCUGUUGCGACAAUGACGUCAAGUGGGAAAUCUCUUUGCUAUAACUUGCCAGUUCUUGAAGCAAUGUCUCAAAAUGUCUCAUCGUGUGCUCUUUACUUAUUUCCUACUAAGGCCUUAGCUCAAGAUCAACUCAGAAGCUUGCUCGUCAUGAUGAAAGGAUUUAAUCAUAACCUUAACAUUGGGGUUUAUGAUGGGGAUACAUCACUGGCUGACAGGAUAUUAUUGCGUGAUAAUGCUAGGCUGUUAAUCACAAAUCCAGAUAUGCUACAUGUAUCAAUCCUGCCACACCACAGACAAUUCGGUAGAAUAUUAUCAAAUCUUCGGUUUAUAGUCAUUGAUGAGGCUCAUACUUAUAAGGGAGCAUUUGGAUGUCAUACUGCAUUAAUACUACGGAGACUUCGUCGACUGUGCUCUCAUGUGUAUGGAAGUGAUCCUUCCUUUAUAUUCUGCACAGCGACCUCUGCAAAUCCCCGCGAACAUUGUAUGGAACUUGGAAAUCUGUCAAGCUUAGAGCUGAUUGACAACGAUGGAAGUCCUUCUGCCAGAAAACUUUUCCUCCUCUGGAAUCCUGUUAUGGCCUUGAAAAGUUACCAGAGAGGUAUUGAUUCUCCUCAAAGUACAAAAAAGAACAUUUCAUUCAAAAAUCCAAGCCCAAUUAUGGACAUUGCAAGGCUCUUUGCGGAAAUGGUUCAGCAUGGACUUCGCUGCAUUGCUUUCUGUAAAACUCGCAAACUUUGUGAGCUCGUUUUAUGCUACACGCGUGAAAUUCUUAAGGAGAGUGCACCUCAUCUGGUUCAGUCUGUGUGUGCUUAUCGUGCUGGAUACACUGCUGAGGAUAGGAGGAGAAUUGAGAGUGACUUUUUUGGGGGAAACCUUUGUGGUGUUGCUGCUACGAAUGCCCUUGAAUUGGGUAUUGAUGUAGGCCAUAUUGAUGCGACUCUGCAUCUGGGUUUUCCUGGCAGUAUUGCUAGCUUGUGGCAGCAAGCAGGCAGGGCAGGAAGGAGAGAAAAGACCUCUCUUUCUGUGUAUGUGGCAUUUGAAGGGCCUCUUGAUCAAUAUUUCAUGAAACACCCUGAAAAACUUUUUGGGAGCCCAAUUGAGUGCUGCCACAUUGAUGCUGAAAACCAACAGGUUCUUGAACAGCAUUUGUUAUGUGCGGCAUAUGAACACCCAGUAUGUCUGGCUUAUGAUCAGAAAUUUUUUGGUCCUGGCUUAAACAAUGCCCUAAUGUCUCUGAAAAAUAGAGGAGAUUUGAUUCCUGAGCCAUCAUGUGGUUCGUCCAAAAGUAUAUGGAACUAUAUUGGGCAAAAGAAAAUGCCUUCCUGCUCAGUUAGUAUCCGAGCCAUUGAAGCAGAGAGAUACAAAGUUGUAGACCAGCGUCGAAAUGAAGUUCUCGAAGAGAUUGAGGAAAGCAAGGCUUUCUUUCAGGUUUAUGAAGGUGCUGUUUAUAUGCAUCAAGGGAGAACUUAUCUUGUCAAAAGCUUGAAUUUGUCGACUAUGCUUGCUUUCUGUGAAGAAGCUGAUCUAAAAUAUUACACAAAAACACGCGAUUACACCGACAUUCAUGUUAUUGGUGGUAAUUUGGCCUAUCCUAGGAGGGCUCCAAAUAUUCCGCCCUCAAAGACAACUGCACAAGCAAAUGAUUGCAGAGUUACCACCACUUGGUUUGGCUUCUACCGAAUACAAAAAGGAAGCAAUCAAAUUCUUGACUCAGUGGAUCUCUCACUUCCAAAAUAUUCGUAUAACUCUCAGGCAGUCUGGAUUCCAGUACCACAAUCAGUAAAAGAAGAGGUGAAAAGGAAAAACUUCAACUUUCGUGCAGGCUUGCAUGGUGCUUCACAUGCCCUUCUGAAUGUCGUGCCAUUACGCAUUAUAUGCAACAUGUCAGACUUGGCUCCUGAAUGUGCAAAUCCCCAUGAUACUCGCUAUUUUCCAGAAAGAAUUCUAUUGUAUGAUCAGCAUCCUGGAGGAACUGGUAUGUCUCUGCAGAUCCAGCCCGUUUUCAUAGAGCUGUUGAAUGCUGCUUUUGAACUUCUCACUUCUUGUCGCUGCUAUGGAGAGACAGGCUGCCCUAAUUGCGUCCAAAGUCUGGCCUGUCACGAAUACAAUGAGGUUUUACACAAGGAUGCAGCCAGUUUAAUUAUCAAGGGUGUUCUGGAUGCAGAGAAAGCAUAUUGCAGGUAAACUCGGAAGUUCCUGAAGAUUCGUACUUUCUUUCUUCUGCAAAAAAUAGGACGUGAUUUCUAUUUUAGGAUUGGUUUGAAAAGCUUCAUUUCAAUUCUUGAUAGAAAAAAAAAAAUAUUAGUUUUGCUUCUGGAGUCAAUUACAAAAGAAUAAUUGGGAUAAAACAAGCGUAUUGUAAUAUUGGUUAAUUUAGAUAGUUCUUUUUUUUUAUAUAAAAAUAAUAAUAAAUUGGGAAUUAGAAGAAAAUCUCUGGCCAGGAGAUUUAUCUCAGAAUCUUCAAAUUACAAUGUCACGUUUUCCAAAAUUCUAAACUGGGUUGGUGCAAUUAUAUCUGGUAACAGGAUAUAAUCCAGCUAGGUCAGGUAAACUAAUUUUCUUUUUUUAUCUUCUUUAGAGGUAUUUUGCUUCAAGGAGGAGGAAGCAUUGACGAUAAGUAGAGAGCAAUUGUUAUUUUUUGAAAAAUUUAUCAUUAAAAUUCAUGCAUGAAAUUCCUUCUCUUUCUAAAUUUAAUGAACUGUUUACAUGGGGAUGUGAUUUUAGUAUAACUUUAUCAAAUCUCAUUUUUAUUUUAUUAAAUUUAAGUUGAUAGGAAUGGUAAUUACGAGCAUAUCUUAUUUUUUGUUAAGGUAUGUCCACUCCCUCAUGAAGGUAAUAGGUUCAAAUCUCUAUCUUUUAUGAUUUAAUAUUCUCUAAAGAAAAAUCCUUCAAUAUAGGAUGGUGAAAAUGGAGUAAAUGAGGUUUGGUUAUUGGUUUGGAAAGACUAAUUAUUUAUCCUUACAACAGAUUUACACUUGCUAUUAUUCUACUAAUGAGAUGAAACGGUCUUAAGCAUUCUCAAAUGGAUUGAUUUCCAUUCAGUUUACUUGUGCUCAUGUUAUUAACUUCAUAGAGAUGCUUGUCUUUACUUUUGCGUAUGAAAUGAAGUUCACUAAAAUACAAUUGAAUUGGUGUAUGAAUUAUUACACCGAAGUCGUCCCCAUUAAAUUUGCUGCCAUUUUGAUGAAUAGCCCUGUAGAGAAGGUGCUGGCUGAAAUAGGCUUUACUGUGCUGGCGAGUGGCUACAGCGCACCCUUACUGAGCUCCUCACCUCUGCUCCACUGACUUAUAAAUUCGUAUCUUCCAUUAACUAAUCAUUCAUGUUCACGUUUAUGAACAUUUGGAGUUCUUUGUUCUUUCUUUUUCCCUAUUUACUAAGUUCGAUUUUAAUCAGUUUGGCUAGCUAGUGGAUGUCUAUUAUUCUACUUUUAUCAGACUAUGAAGUACUUUGCAUGUGAUGUCUUUGAUUCAUGUAGCCUAGUUGUUCUUGUCUAAGACUAAGAAGUUGUUUGGGACUUUGAGUUAGCGGUUUUGAUUUCGUAAAACACUAUUUUUGUUUAAAAUUAAAGAAUUGUUUGUAGCUUUAAAUUGAGUUCAUAAGUUUGGAGAGGAAGUAUGUGUUUAUGAUGCAAAGUUGUCUAGUAUGAAGUUUAGGAAACAUUGAAAAGUGACCGGAGAAAGUAGAUGAAGUUUCUUAAUAAAUGUGUAAAUUUUAACGGCAAACACUUUUAAAAUUAGUGAAGUUGUGUUAUUUAA